AUGGUUUCACAGCGCUGGACAUCAGUUAACUGCUCAGUGGACAUCAAUGAAUGUGAACAGAACCCCCUAAUAUGUCCAGAUUACUCCAAUUGUAACAAUCUUAUUGGCAGCUAUGAAUGUUUAUGUAAAGAAGGGCUGGUGAUGACAUCUAACAAUACACAGUGCAUUGUGAAACCAGGUGCAGAAUGCCCUACGUCUGGUGGUAGAAACUGCUCUCAUAUCUGUGCUAAGAUAACACCGCAGGGUCAAAGUUCACCAGAAGAGAAGUGUUACUGUCCUAUAGGCAUGGAGCUGCUUGGAGAUACAUGCAUUCAAUGCAGAAAUCUGACAUAUGGACCAGACUGUUCACUUGCUUGUCCUUGUUUACAUAACACUACAUACAAUUGUGAUACGAAGUAUGGAACUUGUAACUGUACGUCAAAUUUUACUGGAUCAAGUUGUGAAGAAGACUUCGAUGAGUGCUAUUUCGGACAAUACAGUUGCCGUCAGAACAGUAUAUGUCAAAACACGUAUGGAGGCUAUUUAUGCCCAUGCUAUAACCUGUUUGGGUAUUAUGAAUCAAGCAACGGAUCUUGCCAACAAUUAGACUGCAGCAAUGUACUAACUGACUCCUCGGGAAUGAUAACGAAUCCUAAUCCAUCAUAUAACUAUUUUGCCAAUGCUAAUUGUUCCUGGUCUGUCACAGCUGAGACUGGAAAAGUGAUCUCUCUUAGGUUUUCAAGUUUUUCCAUUUCUUCUGACUACAAAUGCCCUGGAGCUUAUUUAGAAGUAUAUGAUGGUAGCAGCCCUGGAGGAAGAUUGAUCGGUCGCUAUUGUGAAGGAAUUCCUAAUAUUAUACGAACUAAACGGAAUCAAAUGUACAUUAAAUAUAUAAACAACUACUACUGGUCUUAUGGAUAUUUUAAUGGCAACUACACAACACACGUUUGCCGCAGCUUCACCUAUGGCCUGACAUCAUGUGACACCAACUGUAAAUGUGUGAAAGAAAACACCCAGUUCUGUGACAACACCAAUGGCGAGUGUAUCUGUAAGCCAGGCUGGACCAUGGGAGAUUGUUCUGUAGACGUCAAUGAAUGUCUGGCAACAAACAAAAAAGUCUGCCCUGAAAACUCCUUCUGUGUGAAUUCACCUGGUAGUUACAUAUGCCAGUGCCGCCCAGGAUAUGUGAUGAACUCAACAACAGCAACUUGUGAUGUUAGUACAGAAUGCACAAUACUGAAGUGUUCACACACUUGUAUUAUUGUGGGGAUCGGUGAAGAAAAGUGUUUAUGCCCUGAUGAUUUGAUACUUGACCAGGAUACACAAUUAAAUUGUGUUGUGCCUUACUACAGCUAUGGAGCAGCUGCAAAUGACCUUAACCUUGCUAAUAACGUCUUGACUAAAUCAAGCUACCUGGUUAGCAAACCAAUCAAAUUUCUAUCUGGGGCUCCCUUUAGCACUACAUUGCAGCCAGAAGCUUAUGUAAUGUCUAAUGGAGUGUUUGGCUUUGGCACCCAACCAAUUGCACUAAGUGGCUCCCCUAAUUUGAAAUUAGCCAGUCAGAAAGGACUUAACAUUAUAGCUGCCUACUGGGCUGACAUUGACCCAGAUAUUGGCAAUGUCUACUACCAUCUGUAUGAAAGAUGCAGCCAUGUUUUCUCUGAUACAAAUGACAUGGAGUCCCCAGCCCUGGUACAAGUGAUGAUGAGAGCUAGCAAGGAUGUUCAGAAAUAUUUCUCACUCUCUGGUUUUGAAGUUAAUAAAGCCCUAGUUGUCACAUGGGACAAUGUUCAACCUUUUGCUCCAUCUAAAAAAUUUAAAGAGCUUAACACUGUCCAGGCAAUUUAUAUAAGUGGCUGGGAAACCAAAGUCAUGAAUGGAAGGAUAACAAUGCAAAAUGAAGAAACAGCAUAUGUCAUCUUUAUUUACCAGCAAGGAAAAAUGUCAUGGCGCUACGUGCCUGGUAGGCCUAUAGCAAUUGGUACAACUGGAAGUAACAACAAAAAUGUUGUAGCUGAUUUGAAUUCACCACUUGUGGCCAAGCUCACAACAGUCCCAGGAAACAAAGGGUACACCGGAGUCACAGCUUAUGAGGUUGGUCAGGUGUCCAAUUAUGAUACGAGAUGCUACCAGUAUGUCUGCAGCAAGAGCUAUCUACUUGAAGAUCCUGCAUUUAGGUAUGAUAAACAGCAACUGUACACAUGCCCAUGUACCCUGGAGAGGCUCGGACGCCAAUGGCAGCUCUAUGAGAAACGUGGAGAGAAGCAAGACAUUUACUGCUACGCCAUCAGUAAUGUUGCUAAACGAAGGAUGUUACAAGGAAAUAAACGAAAUAUGCUCUGCUGCUACAGAUGGACCAAACCAAACAAUGAUGACUGGAGAGACUGGCUACAAACCUGGAGAGAAGCCACCUAUCUCCAAGCAUCCUCUGAAUCAGGUCACCUACUUAUCAAGGACCCCUGGUCACUAGCUAACUAUGAUCUGUUUCAAGCACAGGAAAAUAUGCAGGCUCACCAGUGGUGCUGUAAGGAUGCCAGCCAAGCAAAGUACUGUGACUGGUUUUUUAAGGUCUUCUCUGACAAAAGAUGCUCAAACUUUGUGGUGUUUGUCCCAGCUUCAGCGUUGGGUGAUCCUACAAUUACUACACUGGAUGGUCUAAAUUAUGCCAUGAAUGGUUGGGGGGAGUAUUGUAUGAUGGAAAUUGCUAGUGAAAACUUUACAAUCCAGACAAGAACAGGAAGAGCAGUAACAGUGAAUGGAACUCUAUCAAGUGCCACUGUCUUUAUAGGAUUUGCUGUCAAGGAAUCAAAUCAAACUACGUUCCAGGUUCUGCUUUCAUCUUCUAACACAACAAUGCUGCUUACAUCACAUGGUGUAGACAUCACAAAUGAUUUUUAUAAAGAUUCAGACUCAGAGAUCAUUGUUGCAACAGAUUCUAUUCAAAUCACAAGGGAAUACAAGAAUAACAGAACAAUUGCUGUUGUGAACUUUGGUUGUGGUGUAACAAUUCAUGUUCAUGUUGCUGUAAGAAGUCUUGAGAUUAUGUUUGAAGUUCCUAAAGAUCUUCAGAGUAAUACCACAGGCCUUCUGGGAAAUUUCAACGGUGACAAGACAGAUGAGUUCAUUACUCCUGAUGGCCAGAUGCUUUCUGCAAACUUGAGUGAAAGGGAGAUAUUUCAGCAGUUUUCUCAAAAAUGGGCAGUAAAUGCGAGCACAACUAUUUUCUUGUAUGGACCAGGAGAAAAAGCAGAAGAUUUCCAGCACCCAGAGUUCACUCCCAUGUUUAAAGAUGAAGCUAAGCCUGAGGAUGUGGCCAAAGCUGUUGAAAUUUGUGGAGAUAAAAAUGAUGCUUGUAUUUUUGAUUUCCUGGCCACUGGUGACCAGGCAUUUGCAGAGAAUACAAAAUCUUUUAGUGAACAGAUGGCUGAGACAGUUCAAGUAUUAGCAAACAAUCCACCCAGCCUGACAGUAAAGAAUGAUAGUCUAACCUCUAAUGGCCGUUGGCUGGUCAAACAUGGGACUCUGUCUAACUUACAACUCAUUGCUGAAGAUGAGGACCAUGAUGCAAUAACAUUUGAAAUCCUGGGCAAUGUUACUGAUGUAACUAUUGAUAAUACAGGAUUAAUAACUUACACUCCUAAUGUUAACAGUCCUGUUCUUCUCCAAUUCAGAGCAAAAGAUUUCAAGGGUGCUGUCUCUCCAUCAAUAUACAUCCCAAUAACUGUAUGUCCACUCUGUAGUGGACACGGUGUCUGUGAUCCAAAUACUCCAAGACAACAGGAGUUUCUGAACGGUCAAUUCCAAAUAUUAGUCUGUACAUGCUUUCCUGCUUAUAAAGGCCAAGAGUGUGACUCAGAGCUUGAUGGCUGUGCUGCAGAGCCAUGUUCCAAGGGACAGAACUGUACAGAUCUGACUGCUGCCCAGCAGGGAAAUAAUUCAAUUGGAUAUGCUUGUGGCCCUUGCCCUAAUGGAUUUUUUGAUUGGAAUGGAAAGUGUGUUGAUAUUGAUGAAUGCAAUGUGAGCAGCCCAUGUAGCCAGGUGUGUUCCAACACUGAAGGCUCAUUUGUUUGCAGUUGCCAGUCUGGCUACAGGCUGGACACAGUUGAAAAGAAAACUUGUCUUGAAAUUAAUGAGUGUGAAGAAAGAACAUCAAAAUGUCAACAAAAAUGCACUAAUACAAAGGGAAACUAUUCAUGCUCUUGCCAGACUGGAUACACACUUGAUGAAAAUGGAUAUACAUGUACAAUAGGUUCCAACAUAAGAGAUCAAUGCUACCAAUGUCAACAGGUUUGUAGUGUGACAAAUAACCAAGUGAACUGCAGCUGUAGACUUGGCUAUGAGGUUGAUCCAACUGAUAAUACUAAUUGUAUAGAUAUAAAUGAGUGUGAGUAUGGCAACAAGCCAUGCAGUCAAAGCUGCAUCAACCAGCUGGGGACAUACCAAUGUUCAUGUUACACUGGCUUCAAACUUGGGCCUGAUGGAGUCUCUUGUGCAGCGUGUGAAAAACCUUACUAUGGGGAAAACUGUGAGAACAUCUGCCAGUGCAGCAGUCACGGGUCAUGUGACACAGUUAGAGGGUGUGUGUGUGAUGAGAGCUGGACAGGAGACAACUGUGAGCUGGACGUUGAUGAAUGUGCCCUGCCCAACUCAUGUCCUGAAGGUUUUGUGUGUAAGAACAAGAUUGGGUCAUUCUCCUGUGUGUGUCCAGAUGGGUACAAACUGGACGAUGGAGUUUGCUUAGACAUUAACGAGUGCACAGAUAUUUAUUCCAACACAACCUGUGACAGACUUGUAGAAGUUUGUAUCAACACAGUGGGAAGCUACAGCUGUUCUUGUAAGAAAGGAUAUGCCAGGAAUGCUCAGUCUGUUUGUGAAGAUAUCAAUGAAUGUGAAAAGAAAGUAGAUAAAUGUGAACAGAUAUGUGACAACAAGCCUGGCUCCUACAACUGUUUGUGUCAACAAGGUUUUUAUCUCUCUGAUGACAGGUGGACCUGUGUCAAAGUGAAAGACCCUUGUGUUGGUGAAGCUAUCAACUGCAGUUAUGGGUGUGGUGUUGAUGCUGACAAUACACCCUCUUGCUAUUGCCCAAGAGGUUUUAAAUUAAAAGACACAGAGCUCUGUGAAGAUAUCAAUGAGUGUCUCUCAGACAGUGACAACAAAUGUGCAAUUAAAACCAGCUGUGUCAACACUGAUGGCAGCUACACAUGUUCAUGUGAAGCAGGGACAAAGCUGGACAAUGAUGGCCGCUCUUGUAUUGGAUGUAGUGGUGAAACUUGGGGCAUACAGUGUAACAAGUCAUGUAGCUGUGGGUCAGGGGCAGAUUACUGUGAUCUAAAAACUGGUUGUGUUUGCAAGUCAGGAUACACUGGAACAUUAUGUAAUAUUGACAUUGAUGAAUGUACAACUGGAGCACAACAAUGUGGCACCAAUGAAAAAUGUGUCAAUUUACCAGGAUCUGCUACCUGUCAAUGCCAAACUGGUUAUGUCAGAGAAAAUGGGUUAUGUGCAGAUUUGAAUGAAUGCUCCAGUCCAACAACCAACAACUGCCCUCAGUUGUGCAACAAUUUUGUUGGAGGUUAUAGUUGUGCUUGUUUCCAUGGCUAUUUCUACAACUCGACAACUAACAUUUGUUCUGAUAUAAAUGAGUGCCAACAAGACAAUACCAGAUGUGAACAGUUGUGUAUCAACACAGAAGGAAGUUACAGGUGUUCUUGUACAUCAGGGCUGUUGCUUCAACCUGAUGGUCUUACCUGUAGAGCAACAAUACCAUGCACCACCAAAACCACAUGUAGCUACCAGUGUGCAACUAUCAAUGGUACAGAGACUUGCUUAUGUCCUAAAGGAACAAUUUUAGCAGCAAAUGGUUUAAAUUGUGAUGAUUUGAAUCUGUGUGCUAAAACCACAUGCAAACAUGGCUGUGUAGAAACUCUACAGAACACAAGCAUAGAGUGUGUGUGUCCUAUAGGACAAAUGUUGAAUAAUGAUGGCAUCACAUGUGAUGAUUGUAUUGAAGGCAGCUGGGGCACUGGAUGUAACAACACAUGCAGCUGUAAGAUGCUGAACACAGACCACUGUGACCAGGUCACUGGUUCAUGUCAGUGUAAGAUUGGAUGGGGUGAAGCCACGUGUGAAGAUGUCGUCAUAGACUGUAGAGUGAACAAUUGUACAUCAAGCUUACAGUGUAAGAGAUCCAGCACUGGGUAUGUCUGUAUGUGUGGUGAAGGAUUUACAACAAAAGGAGAUAAUUGCACAGCUUGUGUUGAAGGCACUUGGGGCACUGAGUGUAACAACAACUGCAGCUGUUCUGUGUUGGGGACAUCAACAUGUGAUAAAGUCUCUGGUACAUGCCAGUGUAAAAGUGGAUGGAGUGGAACUAAUUGUGACAAAGAUGUUGAUGAAUGUCUCCAGAAUACAACCAACUGUCCAUCCCAUUCUCAUUGCAACAAUACUGAUGGGUCUUUUGUUUGUCUGUGUGAUGAAGGCUACUAUAGUAAAAAUUCAACAAAUCUGAUUUGUGAAGAUGUAGAUGAGUGUUCAUCAUUGGUAAAGCCUUGUGAGCAGAAUUGUACAAAUUUAAAUGGCAGCUUUGAAUGUUCCUGUAAAGAUGGCUAUACCAUCAGUUCAGCAAACUCCUCAGCUUGCCAUGUUGUCUCUACCCAGAACAUGACAAUCCCUUUCAACAUUGAUGUUGCUAAACUGAACUUAGAAGACAAAAACAGUGAUGAUUAUAUCAAGACUAAAGUGGAAGUGGAAAAUCAAAUGUUUAAGGAACUGAAAGCUAAAAAAUUACCUGUGGUAAAGGUUAACUGUAAAAAUCUCAGUAAAGGCAGUCUUAUAGCUGACCUGGAAAUCCUCAUAGAUCAGAUUCUACAGAGUUCCCCAUCUCAAGCACUGACUGCAGCAAUACAGUUAAUUAUGGCACAAGGGCUAACACUAAACAACUCAACCGUAUUGAUCCUAAACUUGAACAUCAAUAAUGUGCAAGUUUCUGCUGCAACAUGUGCAGUGAGACAAAAGAACAAUCCAUGUAAAUCUAAUGAAGAGUGUGUAGAGGUGGAUGGAACAACAGUUUGCAUUUUCAGCUCAGAUUCUAAAGAUGGCCAGCAAUUAACCCUGGGACUUUCAAUUGGAUUAUCUCUCUUUACUUUAGCCUGUGUCUGUAUUGCCAUAGUUACCUACUGCUGUAUAAAACAGCAAAUUAAUAACAACAGAAUUUAUGUAGGUCUAUAAGACACUGUAGGCUACAUAACAAUACAAUACCAUUUGAAUUUAGUAAUUUGCUUUCCUUGUUUAAAGAUACUGGUGAACUCUACUUCAAUUAGACUGACUGUCAGGUUUAAAAAGGGAACAUUGUAUUUAAAAUAUAGUUGUUUUUUUUUUUGUUUAUUAAUGUGUAUAUUCAAUAAACAAUUGAAGGCAGUGAAAUGUGUUCACUAAUUCUGCUAUAUGCUGUACCAUUUACAAAAAAUGGAUAUGAAAUUAUUAAAACACAAUGCAUUUUAAAUAUACAACUUGUUUUCUUUAAGAAUAAAUAUUAAAGUGAAGAAAAUCUGUAUUUAAAAUUAAAGCAAUAAUGACAUUGA